CUGGUUCCCUCCGACCCGAUUAGGAAACCAAGUGAUCACACAGGAAAACCAAAAAGACAAAAAAAAACAAGAAAGAAAGGAAGUGAGGACGAAAAGAAUCAAAAAAAGCAUCAGAGAAGAAAGAAAAAAAAGUCGCUCCAGGCCUCUGGCAGAUGCAUUUCCCGUUGUCAGCCAAUUUAGAUCUCUCCUUAUACUUCCACCUCUUCAGUCGCUGCGGGUCGAUGUAAGACAGCUUGAAAAGAACCAUGUCUCGUCGUCGCGCAUCCAAUAGCGAGUCGCUAGCCUCGUCCUCCUCGAUGAACGAAGCCUUUGCAUAUCCCUUUUCCAGCAUGCAGCAGAAUCAUCAGCCCCCGCGGCGCGGUCCGAUCGAGGGCCCCAACGGCCGGAGGCUAAUCCGUAGAGUCACCUGGCGUUCCUCCACUUACAAGUUGAUGGCCUCCUUGUGGGUGCUGGGCGUCUUCUACAUCGUCUGGCUCAUCCGUGAUAUCUUCUAUCUCCCCUUCAGCCCCUCCCAGACCUUCCCCAUCACUCUGGCGGGUCCCAACCAUGACUUUCUGGCCGAGUAUGCAGGUCAUCGUCAGUGUGGCCUCUCCUCGCUGUCACUCUUUGAGCCGCCGCAGGACACCAAACUGUACUGCCAGACCCGCGACUCCUUGCUCAAUGCCAUGAGCAACGGUGGCCGACAUGGGUUUGAUGCGGCCUAUACCUCUCAAGGCUGCUCUUAUCGCUGGUUUUCCGUCUCCCAGGUCUGUGACGUCCUGCAGAAAUUCGACGGCGUGGUUUUCAUUGGCGACGAGUCCCUGGCCGACAUCUAUGCGGGAUUUAACAUCCUCCUCCGCCAGAACCUGGAAUCCGGCUCCCUCAAAGAUUGGGAAUUCAGCAAGGACCAGGCGGAGAAGUGCAAAUGCGAUUCGCAAUUCACUAGCCCUGUGUGCGCCCCACUGCGGAUUACCUCGAGCGACCAGGCGUAUCAACAGGACGGUCCCGCAGCGGAACGGAGCCCGUACCGGUGUUCAACUCGGGUCUCUCACGGCUUUGUGCCCAUCACCGGCUCGCCCGCUUCCAAAAACGCCCAUGAGACGUUCCGUCUCCGGGUCUCCCAGGCCACCGGGAAGAGCCGACCGGUCCCGGUGAUCCACAGCCUGUCGCUCUCGACCUCGCAUUCGUUGUCGACCGCCCGCAGCAGCAUGGACGAAUGGUUGGAAUCAGCCCAGUCGAGUGGACGCGACAUGCCGUUCCUCUGGGUUGGGCCCAACUCCCCCGGUCACCAAAACUCCCCGGGCGACAACGUGCGCGCCCGCAGUUGGCAAUACACCCUGGAUGCCUCGGACGCCGCUCGAGGCAAGGGGGUCGAGUCUCUGGGCAUGUACAACGCCACCCUGCAGGCCGACAGUUGGGAUGGCGUGCAUUACGGCGAGAAGGUCGCUGUGAUGCAAGCGAUGAUGAUCCUCAAUUGGCUGGCCGCCCUCUAGUCUGUCCUCUCCGUCCGGGGUAUGGUCUCCCCACCCCCGCGGGGGUUGAUAUCGCAUAUGAAUGACGUCUUUCACCGAAAUGGUUGGAAUUGCUAAUAUUUCUGAGUUUCGUCCGUUACACAGAUAGAAUUUUGAUAGAGUCUUUGACGCCUGGUUGGACUGGACUCCGCGGAGCUACAGCUGGCUGGGUAUUUGCAUUUGGAUGGCGGUGGUCUGUCUGAUAUUUUUAAAUAGAGAAGUUCGUUAAUUGAAUCUUGCACCCGGUGCGAUGUGAAAAGUUGG